CGUGUGUCGGCAAACACACUAGCCCGCAAUGGACAACAAGAGUGGGGCGUCCCUCACCGCGUCCCCGGUGGGCGACCUGAACGACUCGGCCGCCUUCUCUUUGUACGCAGCCACCGAACUGCGCAUCAGCACCACCCUGUCCUCUUAUCUCAACUCGACGCAAAGUCCGGUUUCCUUGGCGCCGGACAAAGUCAGUCUGCAGUCGCCCUUGUUCGUCAGUAUCGCCAUCUUCCUGGUCAGCCUGUUCGCGCCGCUCAUCAUCGGCGGCAACGCGCUCCUCCUCGGCGCCCUCUACCGCUUCAAGCGCCUUCGCACCCCCAGCAAUUACCUCGUCGUCGCCCUCUCGACGGCCGACGUCGGCAUUGGCAUGUUGCUGCCCGCACACCUCUACCUCGAGCUCUCGCGCAACACCCCCCGCACGCUCAACCUCUGCCUCGCGCCCUACUGCGUUGCCAUCGCCCUCGGCAGCGCCUCCCUCUGCUCCAAGGCGGCCAUCGCCGCAGACAGAUUCACCUCCCUCGCCCAACCCUUGAGGUAUAAUAAUCUGGUAACGCACACCUCUGUGAAACGCUACGUCAUCAUGAUCUGGACGUACUCGCUGUCAGUGGGGUUUUCGCCCCUAGUGUGGCAGGGCCUGCACGGCAGCGUUGUGGUCAGCUACUGCUCCUUCACCCGUGUCAACCAGCGGGUCCAGAUUUUCAUUCUGUCCACAGUUUUUGCUCCUUGCACCCUCAUCAUUCUGAUGUGCUACUGCUACAUUUACGUUGUUGCGAGGUACCACGCCCGGGCGAUUUUCACAGUGGAGCUGUCGCUGCGGCGGCCGUCGACCGUGCCUCAGAUCAACACCCCGACCAACACAGCCAUCCCUGCGGCCACGUGCAACCAGUCAAGUCGGUACGGCCAGACGCUGGCGCUGACCGUGGGGCUGUUUCUGCUGCUGUGGGUGCCGUUCGCGAGCACCAUGGCGUGGGACGUGGCGAACGACACGCGGCUGCUGGACCAGGAGUGGCUGUCGGCGGGGCUGUCGCUGCCCGUGUUUGUGAGCAGCGCCCUCAACCCCUGGGUGUACGGCUACCACAACGCAGAGGUGCGCGUGUCCGUGCAUAGGGUGUGGGAGGAGUUGCUGGCCAAGUUCGGACUGGGCUCGGACAGCGCGUGCCGCAACACGUUCAUCACCACCGACGUGCACAGCUACGCAAGCAACGCUCGCCUUUGCGCCGUAUCUCCACACCACCUGCACCCCCAGUGCCAGGUGCGCAACCUGCUCAUCCCCAACCGCGACACCCUUGAGUGCAGCACCCUGGGCAGCGCCGCCAAGGAGACCGUCGUCCACCUCGAGGUCGUCGCCCCCAACUGCAGGGGCAGCAAGAGUGACAUUUGACCAGAAGAGCAGCCGCCCCGCACUUUGGACGAAACUUUUGUGUGAUUUCAGACAGUGUGAACUGCUGCAACGAUCCAGAUGCCAAAAAUUAAACAAAUAUUUCAGUUUUUUUAUAUCAGCUAUAUUAAAACAAGUGUUUCCGGUCACUUUUAAAUUCCAAUUGUGCACAAUAUCUGCUUUAAAAAUAACAAUAGGAGCAAUUUUUAAGUUUUGAUGUGUUGAAUGAAACUUACUAAGAGAAAUUUGAAUUUUGGCCACUGACAAUUAAUGUUAUACUACCCCUUACAAAAGGUUAUUCAAAAUGUUCAAAAUUGAAACUAACAAAGUCUCUUGGCGGUUUUCAGAUUUUUAAUUUUACUGGUCAAAAAGCACACAUCCCAAGAUGCCCAGGAAAAAAAGAUUGUAAAACUUUAGACGCGCCCGUGUUUCCAAACUGAAUGUUAACCCUAAAAAAUAAAUUUAGCGGAUCAAAUGAAAAUUAUCGUCCAUUCAAAAGUGCAAUGUGUGACACAAUUCACUUUUAAAUGACACAUUCGACACAUUAUUAUUCUUUAUUCUUUUUCCAAAUGAUUCUUUUUAAACUAUUAACUUUAUUAUAUAAAACAAAACCAGUCAUGGAGUCAAAAAUUCACCUGAGCAUGAUGUUUUUUAAAAUUAUUUUAAUAUAGCUCCUGAUAAUACUCAUGCACAAGGAAAUAUUAUUAGUAACGAAAAAAUCAUCAUGAAGAAUACAAAAAUGAGUUGUGUAGUCUUUCAAUACCUUAAAGGUUGCUUUUCGUUAUAGCUUAUGAUCUAUUUAUAAAAAAUCUAUUUUCGGCGUUGGACAUAAUAAAUAUUUAUAUAUACAUAACUUUCAAAUCCCGGUACUCUUAUCUCUAAUCAGACAUUGUGUAGAAAGGACGGGCGUAUUUUUUUCUCAUCUUUUCAGUCAGACAAGUCAGACAAUGUAAAACAUUUCCCUAUUUAAAAAAAAUCGGUGUGAUGAGCUCAAGUGUAGAAUGUAAAUUAAUAAGUAUAAGGAAAUAUAGAUAUUUUAGCGUGAUUACCCGUAUUUAAAAAGUACUCUGAUAUAGAAAGUUCCUGUUUUCAUUUGGACUGCAGUUGGUGCUUAUAAAUGAGCAGGGUUUAGAAAAGUUAAAGAAAUUAAAAAACCAUCAAUAUUUAAAAUUGGAAAAAACUAUAUAAUAAACAAGCUGGACGUAUUUGAGAAAAUAUUCUGACAAAUAGGCAAGAGUCAUUAGUCUGUAAUGUAAAAUUGUUGUUGCGAGAUGCUGAAAUUCAUAAAAUUGCAUGUGAUUUUAUCUAUACUCCUGCUGUAUGAUUGUUCUUUUUGUAAUUUUGUCAUUGCGGCUGUAUACUUGGGUUAAUUAUCAUAAUUGUUUAAAUGUUAAUGAAAGACGUGAAAUAUCUUUGAAGAUGUGAUAUUAGAAAGAUGGAUGGCAUUGUUUUUCAGUAUUUAACAAGAUCCGUGUGUAAGUUACAAGUUGUUGUUAUAUCAGAUCCGUCCAUUUUUAUUAAGUUAAUGUAAAAAGAAAACAUUCCAACAAUUAAGAAAAUUACAAGUCUUUGUUAGGAUAAUAUGUAUUAUCUUAUAAGGUGGGGAUUGUGCUUGAUAUGGUGCUGUUCCCCUUAUAUCAUUGAUAUAUUUGCUGUUGAAAAAGUGUCUCCUCGCGCUCUUUUCAUUUUACUCUCCUCUAUUACUUUUAUUUUCCCAAAACACUAAGAAGGCCUACAACGGAAUACAUGGAAAUUUAUGU